AUGCAAUCAAAACCCUCGGCGCUUGAAGGGUUGAAGAAGUUAGUUCGGGAUUGUUACAAAGAUUCUUAUGAAUCAUCAAAGCGAAUAUAUGUAGAUGACAUGUCUGGCAUUUACAUAGAAUUUAAUCACUAAAACAACAACAACAACAACAACAACAACAACAACACAGCUAAAAAGAAAAGAAGGCAAGAAUACAUCAUGUACAUUAUAUUACUCUCGUACCUUAAAUCUAGAUUUCUUUAUACAACUAGGAACUGCACGUAAAUGAAGCAGCGGAAGUUUUCUUAGAUUUUCCGGUUGCAAAUGUACAUCAUUAAAGUUUUGGGGCAAAUAAAUCUAUAUGAUUAAUAUUAUCCAUGCUCUUUUCUA